AUGGCAUUCUCCACCAAGCUCCGUGUAGUCGUCGCCGGCGCCUCUGGCGAGACUGGGCAGUCUAUUGUCAGAGGACUGCUGGCAGAGUCGUCCAAAUUUGAUGUCAUAGCACUGGCGCGGCCCGAGUCGGCGGACAAUCCGGCCCACCAAGAGUUGGCACGGGCGGGCGCCACCGUCGAGACGGCCGACUUUCUCGACGUGCAGGCCCUCGCGGAGCGACUGGCAGGCGCUGACGUCGUCAUCUCAUGCAUUCUACCCAUAAAGCGGGCCCAGUCGGAAGCGCUCAUCGACGCCGCGCAUCGCGCGCGGGUCGACCGCUUCGUGCCCAGCUUCUUCGCCAUGGUCAUGCCCCCGCGCGGCGUGAUGGCGGUGCGCGAGCUGAGGGAAGAGCUGCUGGACCGGUGCAAGCUCGUCUACCUACCCUACACGGUCAUCGACGUCGGCCAGUGGUACCAGAUUGGCCUCCCGCCGCCGUGGGCCCCGCCGAUGCCCCAGACCGAAGCCUUUGUGGGCGAUGGCGAGACUCCCAGCGCCAUGAUCGACAAGGACGAUGUCGGGCGCUACGUGGCUCGCAUCAUCACGGAUCCGCGGACGCUGAAUCGCUCCGUUUUCGCAUACGGCGAGGUGACUUCACAAAAGACUAUAUUGGCCGAGCUCAAGGCCGCGACGGGAAGAGAAGUGCCGUGGCAUUCGAUUUCGGUGGCCGGACUCGAGGCGCGUCUCGCGGAGCUGCGGAGUUCCUUGUCCGCAGACCCGACUAGCCCAAAGACAACUUUGGACCUUGCUAUGACCCAGUAUCUGUACAGUCGGAUGGUGAGGGGUGACAACGCGCCUGACCGCGCCCAAUACCUAGGUUAUCUAGACGCCAAGGCGCUGUACCCGGACUUUGAGUUUAAGUCGCUCCGCCAUUAUAUCAAAGAGGUUGUCGCUGGGGAUCGAGACCAUAGAGUCUACGUUGGCCGGGAAAUCACGUCAGGUGAAACAAAGAAAUACUAG